AUGUUUAAAACAGCUAAAGGCUUCUUGAAAGAGGACUUGUUGUUUGUAGCAGAAGAAAUUGGAGAGACACUGCCUGAUAAGGUAAAAAUUUCUGAACUGAAAGAUAUUAUUUUGAAUAGCAAAGAGUAUUUGGAUGAUCCAGACUUUGUGACAAAUAUUUUAGUAACGGCCGUGAGCCAGCGAAAACUAAAAGAAGAACAAAAACAAAAGCAAACAGAAUUUGAAAAAGUGGAAAGAUUAAAACAGCUAGAAUACGAAGAAAGUGGAAAAAUAAGAGAACACGAACUGGAAUUGGCGAGAAUCAGAGCAACGUUGCCAAUUACAGGUGAGUCUCAAAAUACUGUUAUAUCUGGUGCUAAAAAGAAAUUUAAUCUGCUAAAAUUAGAAUUUAGACAGUUUAAUGGCGAUAUUAAAGAUUGGCUACAAUUCUGGAGCCAGUUUCAACACAUUCAUAACGAUGAUGAAAUCGCGCCUGAGAACAAAUUUCAAUAUCUUGUGCAAGCUACUGUAAAUGGAUCACGAGCCCGAGAAGUAGUAGAAAGCUUCCCGGCAACAGCAGCCAAUUAUGCCAAAGCAGUUGAAAGUUUAAAAGCACGAUUUGGGAGAGAUGAACUAUUAGUAGAAGUUUAUGUUCGGGAAUUAUUAAAGCUGAUAAUCUCAGUUCAGAAACAUGAGAAAAUAUCGAUGACAUCUCUCUAUGAUAAACUCGAAUCUUAUCUGAGAGCCUUAGAGACUUUAGGAGUGUCUACUGAUAAGUGUGCUUCAAUUCUUUAUCCCAUGGUGGAGUCUUGUUUUCAAGAGGACUUUUUGAAAGCAUGGAAUAGAAUUGCUUCUUCAGCAGUCUCAACUGAUGCUAAAGACCGUUUAACCAACUUGAUGACUUUUCUUAAAGCAGAAACGGAGGGCGAAGAAAGAAUUAAUUUGGCUAUGGCUGGUUUUGGCUUGGGUGCAGAUGAAAAUCGCCAAUCAUUUAAGAAAAAAGAGAUUUUCCAAUGA